UUUCCUGAAACCAAAUUGAAGUCUGCUCCAGCGACCCAACCUCAAUCUUUGUAUCUCUUUUCUCUUUGGCGUUCCGAAUAGCUCUAGCUCAGCUCAGCUCAGCCCAGCUCAGCUUCAAUUGGAUACAGGAUUUAAUGCUGAAGUUUCCUGAAGGCCUCUCUGGGUCUUUAAUUCUUGCCUAGAAAGGAAAAUACCAAGUACCAAAACAAGACCCAAAAUACCGGAGCAUAGUCCUCACUUAGAAUCUAAUUCAGAUUGGAUGUCAAAGCACAAGUGUGGGUGUGAAUAAAGAGAUAAAGAGAUACCUGAAACAGGAAAGCACAGAGUCAUUGUUACGGAUCCAUCCCCCCCAGAAAAUUGUCAUACAUCCAUCAAGGUUAGUGUGGAGUUGAGUGAUGAGAACAUGUGGCGAAAUCUAUCAGGGAACCUAGAAACAGAAAUUAAGUUAAGGUUGAAACAAAUAGAGCAAAAUACACCCAUGUGAUUUAAUGUAACUGAGGACAGAUUUUGUUUUUGCUCGACAUUUGGAUUGUAAUAGAUACCAGCAUGACUGAAAGGACAUCUCCUGCCCAAGCCAAAUGGAGAAAAGUGGCUUACGGAGGGAUGCAACCGGGGUUCGAUGACAAUCACACUGAUGAAUCUUUUCUUGAAGAAAUGGUCACAAAUGCCAAUGUGAGCAAAAGGGACAUGCUAAAAGUGAUGCAGGAUUCAGUUUCCAUCUCCCAAUAUCUGUGCAUUGUAGCUCUCAUUGGUUUGGUUUGGAUCUACACCCUCAAAUCAACUCUUAAUGAAAAUUCCCUUUUGCUUCUUGAUGUCACCCUUCUUGGAUUGGGUUUUCUUAUUCUCCUCCUCACUCAAGAAAUGUUUUCCCUCAAUCUUCUCUUCCAUUACUUCCUCAAUAUUUCUUUCUUUACCACGGGCUUGUAUCUUCUGGCUCCCAUUUAUCAAACUCUUACAAGAUCAAUUAGCUCAGACUCCAUCUGGGCAGUAACAGUUUCACUCCUUGUGCUUCAUCUUUUCCUCCAUGACUACUUUGGAUCCACCAUAAGAACCCUAGGGGCUGCAAACAAUCCAACCUUAACAAGUUGCAUCUCUUUAAAUGCUUCUGUUGUGGCCUCAGUUUUUAUUGCUUCACGCCUUCCAUCAAGUCAGCUUGUGUUUGCCAUGAUGCUCUUCUCCUUGCAAGUUUUCCUUUUUGCUCCAUUGGUUACUUACUGUAUUAGGGAGUAUUCCUUCCGUCUGCACCUUUGGUGUUCUUUUGGUCUGAUGAUUGCGACCUUGGCUUUAGUUUAUACCCUGCACUUGUUUCUUUUUGUCGUGUUUUUAGGGUUGUUGGUUUUUGUAACUGUGGUCUGUCCAUACUGGCUUAUACGAAUGCAAGAAUACAAAUUUGAGAUAAAUGGCCCUUGGGAUGAGGCUAAGCUUUGUUUUGAUAUAGUAGAUUGAGAUUUUAAUGGCCAUUUGACUGUUCGUUGUAAUAUUUGGAAUGUCAAUGAAGAAAAUUCAAUGUUGUAUGAACUUUUAUCUUCUGUAUUUUAGUCACCAGCAAUAUGCAGCCUACCAGUUCAUGAUGGAUGGAUU